AUGACCUCAUUUGAUUGAUCUUCUAUCUUCGAGAUACCUUAAGACGAGUGGCAGUGCCAGAGUCGCAUUUCGUAUCUUCCUCAAUCAUUCUAUUCCCGAUUCACUCCACCAUGGUACCCUUCAUUUAUUUACUUUCUCUAUUAUUCGCAGUCUCUGUUACCGCCCAGUCAGAGCCAAAGAGUGUCUUUGCCCAUUUCAUAGUGGGCAAUGCGGCGGCCAUGACGGUUGAGCAGUGGGAAUGGGACAUUAUUGAAGCCCAGAGAGCUCAUAUCGAUGGAUUCGCUCUGAAUAUCGCCCAGCAAGAUAGCUAUACUCAGGAUGUUCUCGACAAGGCUUACUUUGCAGCAGAGAAGCUGGGGAACUUUUCUCUUUUUCUCUCUUUUGACUACCUCUCAGGAGGACCAUGGCCUACAGACCGUGUCGUUACACUCAUAAACACGUAUAAGAACCUACCGGCGCAGUUUCACUACAAGGGAAAACCAUUGGUGUCGACCUUUGAAGGAGCUGGAAAUACUGGGGACUGGGCAUACAUCAAGGAAGCGACUGGCUGUAUAUUCAUCCCCUGCUGGACGAGCCUAGGACCUGCAGGGGUGGCCAGCAUAGAUGCCGUUGACGGCGCGUUUAGCUGGGAUGCCUGGCCCACCGGGGCAGAAGACAAGGAUGCGACAAGUGAUGAAGCCUGGAUCAAAGCCCUUGCCGGCAAACCAUACAUGAUGCCUGUUUCUCCGUGGUUUUAUACGAAUCUUCCUCAAUGGGGGAAGAAUUGGCUUUGGCGUGGUGAUGAUCUGUGGCACUAUCGCUGGCAGCAGAUCAUGGAUUUACAGCCGGAUCUCGUUCAGAUUAUCAGUUGGAAUGACUAUGGAGAAGCACAUUAUAUCGGACCCAUCCGCGAAGCUGGUAUUCCCGACGGGGCCGCUCGCUAUGUUGAUAACCGUUCCCACGAUGCAUGGAGAGCUCUUCUGCCGCACUACAUCAAUGCCUAUAGAACGAAAGACACAGUCUCUGUCAAUUCCAUACCCGGAGCUGUCGCACCUAUGUACAAUCCCAAAUACCCAAUCUCCUUCGAGGAGAAAAUCACAUACUGGUACCGAUUGAACCCCAGCGAUUCUGGAAGCGCUGAUGGUACAACCGGCAACAACCCAUCCAUGGGCCAAACACCAAUGGCCCCGGGUGAGAUCUCCCAGGAUCGGAUCUUUGUCACUGCGCUGGUAAUGGAGCCGAGCGAUGUUUAUGUGCAAAUUGGAGAGAAUUACCCGACCGUCCUUCAGGCUUCAUCCGCUGGUAUUAAUCACUUCUCUAUUCCUUUCAAUGAACAGACUGGCUCUGUUUGGCUGGCGAUUGUACGGAAUGGAUGGGUGGCCGUGGAAACAGUUGGGCCUGCAGUUACCGAAGAGUGCGAGGAUGGAUCUGUCAAUUGGAACGCAUUUGUUGGUUGCAGUCACGAAUAUACGACAUGGUAGCUAUUUUUAUGAUAUCCCAUUUGCGAGUUUGCUUCAAGUUUCAACCUAAAUGACUUGUUCCUGCAGUGCCGAUCAGUCACAGGCACAGAAUGCGAU